UGCUAUCCAUUACUCCUCAUGUCGCGUGAUUGUCGACAGAGCAUUGACAAAUUUUCGCAGUAAAAGAACAGUGCAGGGCGUUCAACGGACGAGAUUUGAAUUCGAGAAUCGGCUCCAGUGCUAAUCGGUGUCAGUAUUUCACUUAAAUGGCUCGAUCUUCGUCAUGCAUUUUUCGAUUCUGGGAUGAUAAGUAUUUUAGACGCUUUGGGCAUUGAAGUUCAGAAUCUGAUGAAAGAUCACAUUUUGUUCAAAUGUUGCUUGAUUUUGAAGUUUCCGAUGCAUUUUCUCUGAGCGAAAUCAAUAAAAUCAGAGUCCACUGAAAAAGACUAUCGUAUAUGCUGUGUACCGCGGAAUAUAUUUGUAAACUUAGCCGCGGAGGAAUACGUAAGGGAAUACACUGUCUUGUAAUAUCUCAAUAUUGUCGACGAGUGGAAUAAAACCUGAUUGAGUUAUCCUCUGAUUCCGCAACGCAACUUGCAAGAAAAAAAGCAUAUAGCAUUACAAGGUAGUUAAGAGCGAGUGAGAUCAUUGCAGUCCAAGUACCGUCACCAGAAGCGCACGCGCUCGGAAUCUUGUAAAGAAAAACAUUCGCCAAAGACGCAAAUCGACCAAUACGCCAGGAGCAUCGAACGCGAGAUAAAGGGGGAAAUCGCAAUCGGAUUUACAGAGACGAAACCGAACAGGACAUAUAGUUAUGAGAGAGAGAGAGAACUUCGCAUAACUUUCAAGUGGAAGCCAACUGCCUUUGUUGUCAAUGAGAUUGUCUUCAGCGUAUCUAUCAGAGUUAUUAUAGACGAUCCAAGAUACUUAAUACUAGUCGUCUGGUCUCUGAUGUCCUUCUACGUGGGUACUUCGAGCUCCAGUUUGGCUUCCGUCUAUUUUGAGUUCAAAGGAAAUCUUAAGCCAAGUUAUAGUUGGUAGACUAGGUGGUCUUUCCUUUCUAAGGAUAUAGAAGGAUCAUGUUAGUUUGGUCAUCAAAACCAAUAGUCUUAAUAGUGCAAAGUUUUAGCAUGUUUACUGCGGAUCCAACGGAUGGCACGUAUUGGCAAUAGUCUGAUCUUCGCUUGUUUAUUCCAAGCGACCUAUUUCUUUAUGGUAGGUGCAGAGUAAUAAAAAGAGCUAGCCAUAGGCAAUGACGACGUACAUGAGGUUUUUUUAAUGGAUGAUGUUGUGAUAAUGCUGCUGAACUAUAGCUGACAAAAUCGGAAAUGUACCGCGAAUUGUGCAAAAAUGUAGAUAACAUCUUUACAUCAUCCGACAGAGUACAGCUUCCCCCUUAACAUUUUACUGACCCAGCAUGUCGCUGGCACCAUGACAAUUGACAGUUUCUAAAUGUUAAGUUCAUCAGCUUGAUGCUGGUCUGAAGGUAAAGAGAAUCAAGUUUUCUCUUUUAAAAGUUAUACGCGGAACCGAUCUCAAAAUGCCGAGCGUGGACAUCAACAAGAUCAUGAAUGAAAUGAUGAUACCAUUUUAUGGAAACUAUUCGGAGGGAGCCGGUGGUUUCAAGAUAAAUUUCAGCCAAAGUGCCGCCGAUGACAUUUUUGCGAGUGAGCGGGCAAAUCGUUACCGGUUUGAUAUGACUACACAGAUUGCACUCUGCAUUGCCUACGCAAUUUUGAUGGCGUUCGGCGCUUCUGGAAACGGUCUAGUGUGUUUCGUCGUCGCAAGGAAUCCCCACAUGCGAACUCCACGAAAUAUAUUCAUAAUAAAUCUAGCAAUAUCCGAUUUCACCUUAUGCGUUUUUACGCAGCCGUUCAAUUUGUUGAAACUUAUUUACAAGGACUGGUUCUUUGGGGAGUUUAUGUGUAAAUUUGUUCCGAUGUUUCAAGGGACGAAUGUGUUUGUUUCAACUAUAAGCAUCACUGCCAUAGCACUGGAUCGAUUCCAAGUGAUUGUCUACCCAACCAAAGACAGCAUGAAAAAGGUCGGGUCCGCCGUGGCGCUAAUUUGCAUUUGGGUCAUAUCACUGCUCAUGGCAAGCCCUUUACUGAUAUUCAACGUCAUGGAGGAAUUCCCGGGAGUCUACAGAUAUAACAUGUGCAUUGAAAGCACGUCGUUGGUUUUCGCCAAAGGAUCGUACUCAAUAGCCUCCAUGAUCGUGCAAUAUAUUGUACCAAUAAUCAUAGUUUCUAUUGCACAUGCGCAGAUAUGUAAUAAACUGAAGUACCGCAUGGUGAAUCAGCCUCGUCCUGGAAACGUGACGACACCUAGCAAUCAACGGAGACAAGAACGAGAGGCAGCUCGGAAAAGAAAAACUAAUUUGCUACUGUUGAUGAUUGCAGUAGUUUUUGCUCUUAGUUGGCUUCCUUUGAACGUUCUCAAUGUUUUGUUAGACUAUAAGAAACUGGACAACUUGAAAAACAUCAACUGGGUUUUACUGAUUUCAAUAUGUCAUAUGAUUGUACUGAGUUCUGCGUGCACGAAUCCUAUGCUUUAUGGUUGGCUCAACGAUAACUUCAAGAAGGAGUUCAUUAAGGUUCUAUGCUGCCCCUGCUGUCGGCACCUGGCUAUGCUGUGCCACUGCCAGUGCCAGUGCAUCGAGGACCCGAACGCACACCCCAACACUGUGAUCAGGUACUCACGGACAGAUGUGAACGGAUCGUCCCUUGUUGUGCCUAAAGAACAGGAGAAUGUAACGUUGGUUACUGAUCAAGCGACACCGAUGCCUUCGCCCUCAAAGCUAAGAUAAGGGCAAAAGAUACUGGACUAACUUCAGCAGAAAUCAAAAUCUGGUUCCGUCAUUUAAUGUAAAUAUUGUUGAACAAUGUGGGCCGCACAUGAUGAUGCCAUGGGUGCAAAAUAACAUGUGGCACGCAGCAGUGCCUUUUUGACUGCAUUUUGUUGUAUAUAUCAGUAUAUAAUAAUUUCAUCAACGAGCGGCAAGAUAUUUUGACUUGCAUUAAAAAAACUUUUUUUUUUCUUGAAUGUUAAUAAUUUAGCAUACCCAGUUUCCCAAAUGUGUACAUUGUGUGUUUGAAUGCACUCAUGUGCGGACGUUUCGGGGACCGGAAUUCUCACGACAAGUACCUCAGUACGGUAACCUUAACUUCGGUAGACUCUUCUUCUCCAUGUAUUCCACUCCUGUUGGUUCCUCAGGGGUGACAUUCACACUAUUCUGGUCACCAUCACCUGUUGCUCUUCAAUGAUAGAAGGCAGUAAACUUCAAAUCAUGGUAACAACCACCUAUUGGGCACUUCUGAGACGACUUGGGAUCGAUGGUCCACCUCCUGACCUUAUAAAGAUUCAUAUCAAAUAUUUACAGUGAUACAUGUGUUACUGCCUUUCACCAUUGCAUGGUGGGCAGACAUGAUAUGCUUAUAUACUUCUCAUAGGUUUGCUGUUGAUUGUUGGUUGAAUGGUGGAGUUUUGGUGUUUGGCGAAUAACUGAGAACGGUGUUUGCUGGUGUGACUGCUGGUGUGAUAGCAUUGCCAUUUGGCCCAUGUGCCUAGUGUUUAUCAGGACCUUCUUCUCUCUUCAUUUUGACGAUGUCAAGGACGUUUUCAUGAGACGACAUUAAGAAAUAACAAAACUCUUUCAACCUCCGAAAUCCACGGACUUUUAUCAUUGGUCAAUUCAACAUUGGCCGUUCUCUGCCGAAGACAAUAGAGUUCGGAUAAACACCCAGGCAGGGCUCGAUUACUCCGACUUCGAUCUGAAACUGUGGUUUUUGGCGUGCCGGGCUGCCGAAGUUGGUUGCGACAAAAAAUGACUUGCAGAUUCACCGUACAAUAAUCAUGUUGGUCCAGUACAGCCCCGCGCGUUGUGUGAAUGAGUUGAAUGUGCCAAUGAUGGUGAUAUUUGGCUGCAAAAGUAAAUCCUGCACUCUAUUCAAAUCGGGAAAGGGCAUUUCGCUCCUGUUUUGUUAAACUUAUCAAACCUUGUUAUUUGUGUCCAAAUUGCAAUUCAAAAUGCUCGGCUGUUGAAACUGGUAGAUGUGAUACAAAAAUGUAGUUUAUUGUACUGUAUCAUAUCAUAGUAUGUUGAUUUAUGUUAUGCCUAUUUUGGUUUACAUGCUGUCAUUAGAAGAGGAGACAAUGUUGUAGGGGGCUUGGGCCGUGCUAUAUGGAGGGAUACCAGAGAGAACUACAUCGACACCUUCUGCCUUAACUAUGACUAAUACGGGACUUGGCGGGGACCGAUGCUCGGUCGCUUAGAUAGCGAAUCUUAAACAACUCUCAACCCUAUUUGGGGAUAAAUCAAUCUUACACCAUUCACGCGAUUCGUUGCAUAUGAAACACUUUACUUUGCUGCCGCAUUCAAAUGAUGCAACAAUAUCUUGCGAAAGUCAGAUUUUGCUGGGCGGCCAUCUGCAAUGGGCCGGUUGAUCUGUUUGAAUAUAACACUGUAUCAUUACUUACAGUCAGUGGUCAUUUGUAAAAGAUAUCAACUGUUACGUAAUAAAGAUGAGAA